AUGACGUACGGUAGCAGAGGCAGAGGGCGAGGAGGUGGCGGUGGAGGAGGUCGAUGGCGCUCGAGAGGCAACGGUCAUAGUGGGGGCGGCUACAACAAGCGGCCGUGGCAGAAACGGACAGGAAGAGACUUCAGCAAUAACGGACAGCAGUUAGCAGAAACAGUGGCGAACGACCCGGAGGUUCAGGACGCCGAGACGAGAGCAACCGCUGUCAUUGCGAAUACCACUACCACAAACGAAGGCAGCGAUAUCCCCGUGGAAGAGUCAUGGGCUCGUAUCGAGGAAAUACGGGUCACGGACGAGUUGGACGAAAACAUGGGCUUUUGGAGAUACCGAGAAGGGCCAGAGAAGCUCGGCUGGCUAGUCAACAUGCACCCUACAAUGGUGCUCGACGGAGAAUGGGGUUCUGGAAAAUCUGCCGUCGAUUUGUACUUCUUGGAGGAAGACGGCGAAACUUUCAAAGCAACAAUCCUAUAUGAGCCAUACUUCUAUGUUGUGUGCAAGGCUGGAACCGAGGCAGACGUGGAGGAGUACAUACAACGCCGCUUUACAAAUCUCGUGCUCUCGGUCGAGAGGAAAGAGAAGGAAGAUCUGAAACUCGCAAAUCACUUACUCGGGCACAAACGCACAAUCCUGAAACUCCGCUUCUGGAACACCCAAAACCUCAAUGUCGUGCGGAGAACAUUCCUACAAGCGGUCGCAAGCAACAAACGGAAAGAGGAGACUUCUGGCACAUACGAUGUCGUCGCCGAAUUAGGAGGCGAGUUCGGCCAAGCACAAGAAUCAAGCGCUAACCUCUCCAAUCGCGACGUCCUCGAUUUCGUACUCGACGUGCGGGAACACGAUCUGAUGUACUACGUCCGUGCCGCUAUCGACUGCGACCUGAGAGUAGGACUAUGGUACAACGUCCGAGCCCACCAAGGCUCCAUAACCAUCGAGCCGCGCCCCGAUAAAGUCAAACGUGCCGACCCCGUAGUCCUCGCCUUCGACAUCGAGACGACUAAAUUGCCGUUGAAGUUCCCUGACGCGAAUAUUGACUCGAUUAUGAUGAUUUCGUAUAUGAUUGAUGGACAGGGAUACCUGAUCACAAACCGCGAAAUCGUCUCAGACGACAUCGACGAUUUUGAAUAUACACCGAAACCCGAAUUCGACGGGCCGUUCACGAUCUUCAACGAGCUGGAUGAGGAAGCCCUCAUCCGCCGCUUCUUCGAACAUGUCCGUGACGCCCGCCCAACCAUCAUCGUCACAUAUAACGGCGACUGGUUCGAUUGGCCUUUUGUGGAGACCAGGGCGGCUGUGUAUGGGCUUAACAUGAAGAAGGAAAUCGGAUUCGGCAAAGAUGACAGCGGCGAAUACAAGAGCUCGUAUGCGAUUCAUAUGGAUGCGCUGUGUUGGGUUAAGCGGGAUAGUUACUUGCCGCAGGGGAGUCAAGGGUUAAAGGCUGUUACAACCGCUAAGCUCGGCUAUAACCCCAUGGAGCUCGACCCUGAGGACAUGACGCGAUUUGCAUCAGAACAACCCCAAGUCCUAGCCCAAUACUCCGUAUCCGACGCCGUCGCGACCUACUACCUGUACAUGAAAUACGUGCACCCCUUCAUCUUCUCGCUGUGCAAUAUCAUCCCGAUGAACCCGGACGAUGUGCUGAGGAGGGGGAGUGGGACGCUUUGUGAGGCGCUGUUGAUGGUGGAGGCGUUUAAGGUGAAUGUAUUAAUGCCAAACAAGCACCAAGAGAAAGUAGGACAAUUCUUUGAGGGACACCUUUUGGAGAGCGAGACGUAUGUGGGUGGGCACGUGGAGGCGCUCGAGGCGGGCGUGUUUAGGAAGGAUUUGCCGUGCAAGUUUCGGUUGGUGCCUGAGGCUUUUCAGCAGUUGAUGGAUGAGGUGGAUGCUGCGUUGCAGUUUAGUGUGGUUGUGGAGGGGAAGCUUUCUAUGGAGGAUGUUGCGAAUUAUGAUGAGGUCAAAGCCCAAAUCCUCAGCGCCCUCGAAAACCUCCGGGACCUCCCGAACCGUCUCGAAAAGCCGUCCAUCUACCACUUAGACGUCGCGGCCAUGUACCCCAACAUCAUCCUCACCAACCGUCUCCAACCCGACGCCCUCGUCUCCGAAGAAAUGUGCGCCGCCUGCGACUUCAACCAAGGCCCCGGCAGCACCUGCCAACGCCCCAUGACCUGGUCCUGGCGCGGCGAGUACUUCCCCGCCAAACGCAGCGAAUACAACAUGAUCCGCAACCAAAUGGAGCAGGAAAAAUUCCCGGGCCGAUUCCCUACCGACCCGCUCCGACCCUUCCAUGAGCUCCGACCCGGUGAACAGCAUGCGGCGAUCAAGAAACGGUUGAGUCUUUAUUCAAGGAAGGUGUAUAAUAAGAUCCAUGAGACCAAGAUUGUCGCGAAGGAGAGUGUGGUGUGUCAGCGGGAGAACCCGUUUUAUGUGGAUACCGUGAGAGCGUUUAGGGAUCGCCGGUAUGAGUAUAAGGCGCUGUUGAAGACGUGGAAGGGGAAGAUGGAUGUGGCGGCUGCUGAGGGGAAUUUGACGGGCGUGGAUGAGGCGAAAAAGUUGAUUGUGGUUUAUGAUUCGUUGCAGUUGGCUCAUAAGUGUAUCUUGAACUCGUUCUACGGAUACGUGAUGAGGAAAGGCGCCCGGUGGUACUCGAUGGAGAUGGCCGGCAUCGUCUGUCUCACAGGCGCCAAGAUCAUCCAACUCGCCCGCGCACGCGUCGAACAGAUCGGCCGCCCACUCGAGCUCGACACGGACGGGAUCUGGUGCAUCUUCCCGCAAACCUUUCCGGAGAACUUUGCCUUCAAACUGAAGAACGGCAAAGUGUUCCCGAUCUCGUACCCCUGCGUCAUGCUCAACCAUCUCGUGCAUGAUCAGUUCACGAAUCACCAGUACCAGGAUUUGUCGGAUCCGGUUAGGAAAACGUACGCGACUCACAGCGAGAACAGUAUCUUCUUUGAAGUCGACGGGCCGUACCGCGCCAUGAUCUUGCCCUCCAGUACCGAGGAGGAUAAGUUGCUGAAGAAGCGGUACGCGGUGUUCAACGACGACGGGACGCUCGCGGAACUGAAAGGGUUUGAGGUUAAGCGCCGUGGGGAGCUGAAGCUGAUCAAGAUCUUCCAGAGUCAGAUCUUCAAAGUGUUUCUGGAGGGCACGACGUUGGAUUCGUGUUACGAGGCCGUCGCGGCGGUGGCGAACCAGUGGUUGGACAUUCUGUAUUCGAAGGGCGCGCAUCUGGACGACAACGAGCUGUUUGACCUGAUUUCGGAAAAUCGGAGCAUGAGCAAGAGUCUGGAGGAUUACGGCGCGCAGAAGAGUACGUCGAUCAGUACCGCGAAACGAUUAGCGGAGUUGUUGGGCGACGAGAUGGUAAAAGACAAAGGCCUCAACUGCAAAUUCAUCAUCUCGGCCAAACCGCACGAUAUCCCCGUCUCGGAACGCGCCGUCCCCGUCGUCAUCUUCCAAACCGAAGCCUCGGUCCGCAAACACUUCCUCCGUAAAUGGCUGAAAGACAACUCACUGACGACGUUUGAUAUCAGAGAGAUUCUGGACUGGAAUUACUAUUUGGAGCGGUUUGGGAGCGUUAUCCAGAAAUUGAUUACGAUUCCGGCUGCCAUGCAGGGCGUGGGCAAUCCCGUGCCGAGGGUUAAGCAUCCGGAGUGGUUGGCUAAACGGGUUGCCAGUAAGGACGAUCGGACGAGGCAGUAUCGGAUUACGGAUAUGUUUCGGAGGGGGGUUGUUGGGGAGGGUGAUGGGGAUGCGGGGAAGGGGAUGGAGUUGGAUGUUGGGGAGGAGGACGAUGAAGAAGAUGCAGCGCAGGGGGAGAGAGGUGCGAUUCAAGAUAUGGAGGAUUUCGGUGGCGACAAACGACCCGUGCAAGCCGUUGCGAUGGUCAACAAGUCGACCAGUGUACUGGGCAAGCGCAAGAAACGGGCGCAACAGCAACCCGUACGGUUUGAAGAAGACUACUCGACCCUCCCCGCGCGCGACCAGCCGCAGAACUGCCCGGACCCGAGCGAAGAUUACGAAGCGUGGCUGGAGUUCCAGAAGCGGAAGUGGAAACGACGACGAGCGCAUCGGGAGCGGCUAGCGUCUGGGUUUGGCGCGUGGAACGCGACGCAGCAGGAUAAAGCGGGGCAGCCGUUGAAUGUGCAGAGCUUCUUCAGGCGGCAGACGGGGAAUAUCCUCCGGUCGACCUGGCAGGUGCUGUCGAUUGCUGAGACGGAUAUUCCGGGCGAUUUCAAGGUCUGGGCGUUGGUUGAGGGGCAGUUGCAUGCGAUCAAACUUUCGGUGCCACGGACGAUCUAUGUCAACAGUCGGAUACCGGACCCGGACGAAGACACCAACCGAGUCGGACUGCAGAUGACGCGCCGAGUGCGUACCUUACCUCGCUCCCACCCGUGCCUGUUCCUGUACGAGAUGACGAUGUCGGAAGUCUUCUACCGCGAGAACGCGGGGAUGUUUGCCUCGAUGGCGAACCACCAGCAGAUCGAGGGUAUCUACGAAACACAGGUCCCGCUCGAGUUCCGCGCGCUGAUCAAGCUCGGGUGUAUGGCGAAAGUCGACGAGAAACGGAUUGCCGGUGGACGUGGAUUGGAGGAUGGGUUUGCGUUGGGGGAAGUUGUGCACCACCAGGCGGAUUUCGCGAGGACGUAUUUGACCAGUGGCGACGCGUUGCAGUAUGUGUACCUGUUCCAUGCGGGGAGCGGACAGCGCGGCGUGUGGGGCGUCUUUGCCCCUGCGAUGGGACGGGCGUGGGUGUUUGUCACCGACCCGGCGCAGAACAAGGACGCGAUCCCAAAUCUGAAGAGGGUGUAUCGGGAGCGGUUGCAGGAGGUGCGGGAGCAGGCGACGCAGGAGGACGUGAGUGCAUCGCAGACGGCGUCGCAGAGGAAAGGGGCGAUGGAGCGCGAUCUUGUCGAGUAUGCGGACAGUGUGGAGUUUACGGUUGCGAUACAUGCGGACGAGGCGGCGACGAUUGCGGGCGUGAAUAGGACGUUGAGGGAUUACCAGGCCCAACGACGCGGGCCGACGGUGCUGGCGCUGCAGUCGCAUCGGGACACGAAGCAUUUGAGGAUGGAUGGGUUGUCGUUGAUUCAGGACUUCCCGGUGGUCUGUAUCCCCACCUACCACAAGGAUACGGCGUUCCCCGCGUUGGGGUGGCAGCAAUACGCCUGCACGCGGAUGCUGGGGCAUUACCUGACUCUGAAUGCAUUUCUCAAAGAACGCAUCGCCCUCGCGCGGUACGCCGACGUGCCCUUCUGCAACCUGCCCGACGACUACACGUCGUUCCUGGCUGAUCUCGGCCUCGCGCGGCGGAUGACGCGCGCGGACAUGAUCCUCUGGUACUCGGCGUCUGAGAAACCGGACCUGGGCGGACGCGAGCAGGACGACAACCGGUUCGAGCUAGACGAGCUGGUCAACCCGGAGAUCAACGUGCCCGGAUCGUACCAGACGGUGUGCGUGGACGUGCAGAUCCUUGAUUUCGCGCUGAACACGUUGAUGCAUUCGAGUAUGCUGCACGACGUUGAUGAUGCGAGUGGCGCGAUCGGGUCCAGUUUCCAGCAGGUCGGGCAUCUGAUGGAUGAGUAUGCCAAGCCGGGCGAGGAUGGGACUGAGGAGGUUGCCGGGAAUGUGGACGAGAGUCAGGUCACGCCUGCGACCUUCAGUGUGCUGAAAUCGAUGGUGAUGGGAUGGGCGGACGAGGUGCGCCGCCGCAAUCGGUUCGCGUCGUACCUGCUCGAGCACCUGUACCGGUGGCUGACGACCUCCUCGUCGCGGAUGUACGACCCGGCGUUGUUGGCGUUGGUGCAUAACCUGAUGCGCAAGGUGUUCGUGAAGCUGAUUGCGGACCUGAAGAAACUCGGCGCCCGGAUCGUGUUUGCGAGCUUUGACCGGAUUGUGCUCGCCACCAACAAGACGGAUAUUCGGACCGCGGUCGGGUACGGCGUGUAUGUCCUUGAGGCGCUGGGCAAGAAGACGAUUUUCGAGACGCUCGAGUUGAAGCCGGAGCGGUACUGGACCUUUUUGCUGUGGAUGGACUCGCAUAACCAUGGCGGGCUGCAGUGCAAUAACGCGGACGAGUUGCUGGCGGCACGGAAAGCGGCUGUGAAUCUGAGAAUCGAGGAUCGGAUAGCAGUGAAGCCGGAUAUUGGAGCGGAUAUGGACUGGAAUAUCGGCGAGUACCUACCCCCCGCGGUGCAGCGCAAGUUUCUGAAGAUCGUCGCGGAGUAUAUCUACGAGGUGCAGAGUUUCACGGAGCGGGCUAUGCUCCACGGCGCCGGCGGCGGAGAGGUCCCCCAUGCCGUGUGGGACCCGAGCAAGCCGUCGCCGUUGACGGAGAUGUUGCGCGGGUUGAUUCGCUCCAAAUUGAAAGACCGGAUCUUGAAGUUGUUGCCCGACAUGGUUCGCAAGCGCGGCGGCGGCGGCGGCGACGCGAACGACGACGACGCGACCGCAUACACGUUCCCAACGCUCCCCGGCUCACACCUCAAGAUGGUCAACCCGGCCCUCGAGUUCGCGAAAUGCAUCUGCGCGGUGCUAGCCCUCAACGGCGACCUCGAACGCGAGGUCCGUGUUCUGAAAAGCAACCUGUUGAGUCUGGCGGGUUCGCAGGGCGAAUUCAGCGACGAGGCGGACUUUGUGAACCCGUGUGAGCCGUUCCGCCUGCCGCAGGUCAUCUGCGGGUUCUGUAACCAUUGCCGGGAUCUGGAUCUGACGCGGGAUCGGGAUCUGUUGCCGCGGUAUCUGAACGAUGAGGGUGGUGAGAAUAUGGAUCCCAACACGGGAUCUGGGAGUCAUACGACAACGACACCAUGGACAUGCCCCGCCUGCCAAACCCCCUACGACCCCCUCGCGAUCGAACAACGAUUGAUUGAAGUCCUCCAACGACGUCUCGCGGCGUGGCAGCAGCAAGAUGUGGCCUGCACGCGGUGUCGAAUGGUCAAAGCGGAGGAUCUGAGAGAGCAUUGUGCGGCGUGUUCGGGGGAUGUGAAGACGGUGUGGGCCAGAGAGGAGUUUGUGAGGCGGACGAGGGUGUUUGGGAAUAUUGCGCGGUUUUGGGGGAUGGGCCUUUUGGGGGAGAUUGUUGGGUGGGUAUUGACUGUUAUUUAG